UUGGCGCGAAGCGUAAUUGCACAUAUCGGAUGUAUGCACUAGAAGUAAACGCGAAAAUUGUGUAGUGAAAGUGCAUUGUCCUGUGGCCUGCCCGCGCGCACACAUCCACAAAAUACAAGAGAGGAAUGUAAAGGAAACGUGCUUGACUUUUAUGUGAAUAUAUACGUACACAUCUACAUAUGUAAACUUAAAAUAAUUACCAAAAUGUCUACCACAACUACUGUUGCCGCUGAGCUGACGAGCAGCUUGGCCACUACAACUGUCGCCUCCUUACCAGCUGGGCGUAGUUUUACAUUCGGUACCGCGGAUUAUAUUGUCUUCGUUUUUAUGUUGGCUGCCUCAGCCGCAGUGGGUGUAUAUUUCGGAUUCUUUUCAAAGUCCAAAAACACCACCGACGAGUACCUGAUGGGCGGCAAGCGAAUGAAAACUAUACCGAUUGCUAUAUCCUUGAUCGCCAGUCAAUUAUCUGCUUUAUCCAUAACAUCUGUUCCAGCUGAAAGUUAUGCAUUUGGAGUCAAUCAGAUUUUCCUUAUUAUUUCCAUGCUCGUGGUAAUUCCAGUGAUCUGCUACGUCAUUACGCCAGUCUUCUACGAAAACAAUAUCUCCAAUUGCUAUGAGUAUUUGGAAAAACGUUACAACAAACUCACUUGCCAACUCGUCACGUGUACAUUUAUUUUAAAUGCUUUUCUACUGCUGCCCGUUAUCAUUUUCAUUCCUGCAAUGGCUUUUGCACAAGUGACUGGCAUAAAUAUUCACAUAGUCAAUGCAGUUGUAUGCUCAAUUUGUGUUUUCUACACGAUGCUGGGUGGCAUCAAAGCUGUUGUAUGGACUGAUGUGCUACAAGGUGGCAUCAUGCUUUCGUCUGUGGUGUUGGUGGGCAUUUUGGGUACUUUUAAGACAGGAGGUCUGGGUAAAGUUUUUGAAUAUGCGUCAGAUGGUGGGCGUAUGGACUUUAACUUCUCUCUGGAUCCACGCACGCGCAUCACAUUCUGGAAUGCAUUUAUUUGUGGCGCUAUGAUGUGGGUGGGCCAUAUUGGUCUAAAUCAAAGUUGUGUUCAACGAAUCGUUUCUUUGCCUUCCUUGAAGCAUGCCCAAAGAGCUCUUUGGUUAACCGGCAUUGGCUUUAUUGUGGUGAUGACUUUAAAUUGUUUCAUCGGCAUUGUGAUGUACGCUUACUAUCAUAGUUGUGAUCCAAUCAAAUCAGGUUUAGUCAACAAACCGGAUAGAAUGAUCCCCUUCUUUGUGCAAGAUAUUAUGGGCCACCUGUUGGGUAUGCCUGGCCUUUUCAUUUCCUGUGUCUUCAGCGCUGCGCUCAGUUCGAUGUCUGCCAUGUUGAAUUCUUUAGCUGGUGUUGUGUAUUUCGAUUAUAUUAAGCCGCGCAUCAAGAAGUACCACACGGAGGAGCGCGCCAAUUUCACAAUGAAGGUCAUUAUUGUGGCAAUGGGCUGCUAUUGUGUAGCUGGUGGCGUGGUAGUGGAGCGUUUCGAUUCAAUGUUGCAACUCGUAAUUACGAUUACCGGUAUCAAUACCGGCUCUGUAGUAGGUGUUUUCCUACUGGGUAUGCUAGUGCCCCGCACCAAUGGCAAGGUAGCCGCUGCUUCGAUUAUUUUCAGUAUUUUGGGAAUGUUUUGGAUCAUUAUGAAUGGUCAAGUGCGUGCUAAGGAGGGUGCCAUACAUUAUGCGCCAUUACCCACAAGCAUUGAAGGAUGUGCGUCGCAAAAUCUGCAGGUGGUGGUGAAAUCAAUCUACACCACGAAUAACAUCGAUCUACAAAAGCUCGCUCAACACACCGAGAUGCCAAAGGUUACCACAGCUUUCGGCAGCAAUCGCGAAUUUUCCAUUUAUGAGAUAUCCUUCUAUUGGUACAAAGUUAUUGGAGUUCUACUCGUUUGGCUAUUGGCCAUUCCUCUUAGCUACAUUUGGCGCCGGGAUGAAGAGGAAAAGCUUAAUCCCCAUCUUUACGCGCCCUUUAUACAACGCCUCCUAAAGGGGCGCACACCUCUAGCAAUGGAAGAAAUGGAAGAGUUCCCGUUGAAAACACCAAUUCCAAUGGAAGAGAAGGAAAAUAAUGAUGGAACAACCAUUUCAAUGCCAGAGAAAUAGGCAAAUCAAGGACUUGUGGA